CCCAUGUCCUUGUCUUCCUCUAACAGCAGACAGAGAUUCCAUGGGUAUCCACCACCUACACCACCGUCCCACCCAUCACCACCUAUGCAGCCACACACAGUCUCAGGCCAACCCCGGCUUCUUCGAUGCUCAGUGGUAAACCUGAGCCCCUAUGAGGAGAGGAACACCAUGCUGGAGCUGGAGCAGGCCAACCAAAGACUGAAGGAUGUGAACCAGGAGCUGAGGGGGCAGCUCGAAGAUGUCAUGGAGCCAAGGGAGAUGAGGCAGGACUUUAUCCCCAUGUGUCCCAACCAUCAGCGCCAGUUACAGAUCCUGUCCUGGAAGAAGGAUUGUCCUCAGACGAUGGAUGACCCAAGGAUGGUACAGGUGCUAAAACAAAAAAUCUGCCCUCAUGAGGAUCCCUUCACAGAAAAGUCCCAGAAAGAGCUGAAGAAGAUGAGGCUGUCCUUUGAGAGAAAGAAGACAUCCAUCACGGAGGUGUGGGAUGGCAUGAGUGAAGUUCACAUGUCCUUGACUGACCAGGCUGAAGGACUUCUGAAUCUCAAAAAGGAUAUUCGAGAUGUGUUAGAUGAGGUAGAAGACAUCCGGAUGGAAAUUCUUCGGGACAAGGCCCAAUGCCAAACUCUGACCAGGAAAGACUCGCCUAUGCAGGAGAAAAAGCCGUCUCGACCACCCUCUCCUGGAAGAGAAGACAACCGGACCUGGUCCAGGAAAUCCUGGACACCUCACCUCAGGAAAUCCUGGACACCUUCCCUCAGGAAAUCCUGGACCCUCUUGACCAAGGCAGGUUUGUGCCUGUUCGUCUGCAGUGUCCUGUUCUACAUCUACGUAGUGAACCCCAGCCCCUACGAGAGCAUCCUUCCCUCAAUCAUUGGCCAGAGAACAAUCUGGCGCAUCCGGACCUGGUGCAACCCUUUCCUCAGGGUGGAAGUGGAUGACUUCCUACCGUUUUAGGCUCAGAACUUCAUGCAGGGAGGGAAGAAGAGGACAUGGCCCCACUCUCCAGGCUGCCUCUCUUUUCUCUGCAGUUGAUGGGAACCAGCUGUGGACUCUGCCCUGUCCCUUCUGUUCUGUUGGAGGGCUGGGCCCUGGAAAGCAUCACAUAAGAGAUUUCUGAUAUUUGAGAUG